CAGUCAUAGGAAGGCUGGCAAAGAACGUGUGGGAAGAUUGCCGUGGACGCGCUCUGAUCAACGCCAGAAACCCAACAGAAUCUUAGCUGAAGCCCAGAGAAGGACCGUCAGGCCAAAAGAAUCAAGAAGCAGGAUGGAUCUUCUUCCUACCUUGCCCAUUGAGACGUGGUUAAUGCUCAUGGUUUUGAUGGGACUUCUACUGAUAUAUGGAAGUUGGCCAUUUCGAACUCUCAAUAGGUUGGGAAUUCCCGGUCCAACCUUACUGCCCUACGUAGGAUCCAUCCUGAAUUACCGCAAAGGGUUCAUGGAGUUUGACAGCGAGUGCUUCAAGAAAUACGGGAAAAUCUGGAGAAUUUAUGAUGGCCGGCAACCUGUAAUUUCUGUAUUGGAUCCCAAAAUUAUUAAGACUGUCCUAGUGAAGGAAUGCCACACUGCCUUUACCAACCGGCGAGAUUUUCUUGCACCAUCCCUCUUGAAAAAUGCGGUCUCUUUGGCCCAAGAUGAACAAUGGAAGAGGAUUCGCACUGUGCUCUCUCCAACCUUCACCAGUGGGAAGCUGAAAGAGAUGUUUCCCAUCAUUAAACACUAUGGGGAGAUUUUAAUGCAAAAUGUUCAGAGGAAAAUGGAAAAUGAUGAGCCCAUAGAUGUGAAAGAAGUCUUUGGGGCCUACAGCAUGGAUGUUGUCACCAGUACCUCAUUUGGUGUAGACAUCAAUUCCAUGAACAAUCCCAAAGAUCCUUUCGUCCAGCAGAUCAGAAGGUUUACCAAGUUUAGAGCCUUUGAUCCACGGAUUAUUAUAGCAUUUACCUUCCCAGCUUUAAUUCCACUUCUUAAGGCAUUGAACAUAUCUGUUUUUCCUCAAGAAGCUCUGAAUUUCUUCACCAAGUCUUUUACAAAAAUGAAGGAAUCACGACUGGCUGAAGGCCAAGGGAGCCGUGUGGAUUUCCUCCAGAUGAUGAUUGACUCCCAAACAUCCAAGGACAGCUCGGCAAGCAAUGGAAUGAAUCACUCCUAUAAAAGCUUGACUGAUGAAGAAAUUCUAGCCCAAGCUUUUAUCUUCAUUUUUGCUGGAUACGAACCCACUAGUAAUUCCCUUGGUUACGUAGCCUACAGCUUGGCCACUCACCCAGAUGUUCAACAGAAGCUUCAAGAGGAAAUAGAUUCUGUUCUACCUAAUAAGGCACCUAUUACGUAUGACGCCAUCAUGCAGUUGGAGUAUCUUGACAUGGUGAUGAACGAGACCCAACGACUGUAUCCCCUCGGAGGACGUAUUGAAAGAGUCUGCAAGAUGGAUCUUGAAAUCAAUGGGUUGACUGUUCCAAAAGACACUGUGGUGAUGAUCUCACCCUAUGUCCUGCAUCGGAUCCCUGAAUACUGGCCUGAACCGGAGGAAUUCAGGCCUGAGAGGUUCAGCAAAGAAAACAAAGACAACAUAGAUCCCUACGCAUACCUGCCCUUUGGAGCUGGUCCCCGGAACUGCAUUGGGAUGAGAUUUGCUCUCGUCACCAUGAAAUUUGCCAUCGCGAUCCUUAUGCAGCACUUCUCGUUUAGGGUCUGCAAAGAAACACCGAUUCCCUUGGUGAUGAGCAAACAAGCAUUCUUAGUACCAAAGAAGCCGAUCAUGCUGAAGUUAGUCCCACGAUAAGGUGGCUGAGACAGUGAGGAAUAAAGCUUAGCCAUGUCUUCACCAUCCCUGCCGUGGAUGCAAAAGUUUCAGGCUUUGUAAUUGGCCUCUUGACAGAACUUUGGAAGAAGACAAUUGAAUAGUUGCUAAAUAGUUUUAGAGAGAUGGACCAAUUGCCUUAAGUAGCUCUUGUAACACUGAAAUCAGAACAACGCAAUAAGUGGUGGAGAUGUUAAUAUUUGUUGGUGGUGAUGGUGUUGAUGAUGUAUAACUUGCUAUUUUGAACAUUCUUGAACUACAGAUUAAGCAGUGCCUAAUCAAGUUAGCAAAUCCAGACUGUACAUGAACUUCAGUUGGAUGCUAGCUGAAGUGUCUUGAUUAACACCAGGUUUUAGAACUUUCUACCAAGGAAAACCAACUGAAUUCCUUCUUUGAUAUCCACUGAUAUUCAUCAGCUGCAUGUAAAGAUCUCAUCCAGCCUUGGAGAGUCUGGAAAGCGUUGCUGGACUGGGCUUCAAUUGGAUGGAGUUUGUACCACUGAUGAAUUUUAAUGGUGCUUUAACUAAUUUUUAAAUGGCUUGGUUUGCAUUUUAUUGAAUUUUUAUUAUUAGCCAUCCUCCUUGGCAUUCUUGGGCAGAGAAUGCAAAUUUUAAAAAAUAAAUAAACACAUAAAUAUAAA